UGCGCUCCCCCUCCCCAGUGUCAGACAUGUGUGAGCAGGCAGCCCGGUACUGCAGGUCCAGCGUCCACAAGCUCCUGCAGCAGCAGCACUCUCAGAGCCGGGCACUGGACGGACUUCUCCGCUGGAUCGUCACCAAGAUGACCGACAAGACCGAGCGAGAACUGCGGGGAGAGGAGGCGCUGAGCGGGGUGCAGGGCAUGACCAACCCGGGCACCAGGAGGGGCAUCUCCGUCAUCCUGGAUAUAUUCCGUCGAGCUGAUAAGAAUGAUGAUGGGAAAUUGUCCCUGGAGGAAUUUCAGACUUUUUUCUCAGAUGGGACCCUCAACGAAGAGGAACUGGAGAAACUGUUUCACACCAUCGACUCGGACAACACCAAUAAUGUGGACACCAGAGAGCUCUGUGACUAUUUUGCAAAUCAUAUGGGGGAUUAUGAAGAUGUCCUCUCUUCCUUGGAAACCCUAAAUUUGUCAAUACUAAAGGCCAUGGACUAUACUAAGAAGGUGUAUGAAAAAGGUACCAAUGUUGAUCAGUUUGUAACAAGAUUCCUGCUGAAAGAGACAGCCAAUCAAAUCCAGUCACUUCUCAGUUCCGUGGAGAGUGCUGUUGAUGCCAUAGAUGAGCAGACAAAUCAAAUCAGACAUUGCCAUGGUAAGGGACCAGGGAUAAUGGAUGGAUGGUAUGAUGAACCUGUGCCCGCUUACCCUGCAAGUAGAAGCUCCACUAAGGAACUAAGGAAGAGCGCCAAAAGCAUCUUAGUAUAUGGUAAAGGUUGCUCAGAUGUGAAGGAAGAGGGUCUGGAGGCGCAGAUUAACCGACUGGCCGAGCUGAUCGGGAGACUGGAAAACAAGGCGCUGUCUUUUGAUUUGCACCAGCGAAUUUCUGACAACGAGAAUACUGCUUCUGCGUAUCUAAUCCUGGUGAGACAUGAGAUGAAGGUUUCCCAGAAGUCUGUGGGUGAAUUCUGCAGCUCUCUGAAGCAAUAUCUGAAGAAUGUAUCCGGCCAGGGAGAAUGCUUUCAUGUUACUGCUGUAAGACUGCCGGAUAUGGUAACAUUUAUCGUGUAUGAAUUCUGGGAAAGAGAGGAGGAUUGGAAGAGGCAUCUGCAGAGUGGACCAUGUAAGCAGUUCCAGCAUGUGAAGGUCGAUGCUCUCAUUCAGCCAGAAUCCAUAUCCAGUGUGUCUGUUCCAGCUUCGUGGUGUAUCCUGAGCCGAGACUGACAGCAUUCUUGUGAAACUGUCCAGAUUCUGUCUGUAACAUCAGUGGCUCACUGAGACUUGUGUCACCGUCCCACCAGAAGACCUCAAUUAUUCUGGCUGAGAUAUGUCUCCUCCUGAUGACAAUGUUCAAGUGCUGUCUUUUCAAUCCACCUAGUGGGGAAUGUAUUUGCUUGUUAUAAAAGGGAAAUCCUCAGAGAGCCAGCUUAUGAAAUGCCUCAAAAUAUAAACAUAAGAUUAAAAAUCGAAAUAACCAUGUGUGAAAAACAGCCGUAGACAGGAUUAAGGAGCCCACCUAGUCACCCAUAUAAAACCAGACCUUUAGGGACGAGGCCCAUGACACAGACCUUAAAACUGCAUGUGAAACAAAACCUGACUUUUGUUUAUAGGUUAACAAUACUCCACAGGUAUACACAGUAGGAUACAGAAGUCAAUUUUUGAAAGAAAUAUUAUUGAAAACUAUUCACAGCAAACCACAUUUUAGAUGCUGGAUAAUUCAUACAUAUCACUAACAUGCUGACCUUUAUUCGAAAAAAACAUGGUAGACCCAUUCUCAUCUUCUAGUCCUAGAUCUAAUUGUAAAGAGCUUCUCCAGGAAACAGCAAGUCUAGGGCUACACUGGCGACUAACCACUUGUUGGCUGUCACCCCUCAGAACACUGAAAUUAUUGUGUUGCUAAUGAUAUGAUUGCCAGCAGGUAGUUACAUAUCUUACCAAUAAAGAGAUUUAAUUACCAGUGUAGCCCUAGCCUUACCCUCUUUUUACUCACAGAUGGUGGCUGUCCAGUAAUGUACACAUCCCUGUCAACUUAUUAACUUCCAUGGGAAAUUAAGGACUGUAAAAGGUCUGAGACCCUUUAUGUCAUUAGCUGAGAACUGGUUGUGAGGUAAACAUAUAGCUGAAAAUCCAGUGAGGAAGUGCUUUCUACACUUGUAGCAAUUACCCAGUGAUGGCUUUUGAAGUUUUAUAAUACAUCGCAACCGGCAAACACACACAGGCCCUGCAUCAGAACUGGGAGACACACACAGGCCCUGCAUCAGAACUGGGAGACACACAGGCCCGACAUCGCAAACGGAGACACACACAGGCCCAUCAUCGCAACCGGGAGACACACAGGCCCGACAUCGCAACCAGGAGACACACACACACAGGCCCGGCAUUGCAACCGUGAGACACACACACAGGCCCGGCAUUGCAACCGGGAGACACACACAGGCCCGGCAUUGUAACCGGGAGACACACACAGGUCCGGCAUUGCAACCGGGAGAAACACAGGCCCGACAUCGCAACCAGAGACACACACAGGCCCGGCAUUGCAACCGGAAGACACACAGGCCCGACAUCGCAACCAGGACACACACACACACAGGCACGGCAUU